CUUCUGCGCGAGCGUCUUCCUGCCUCGUCCUUCCUCGCUCUCUUUCGGCGCAAGCCAUGGCCUCUCUGCUGGAUCUGGAGUGCAUCGCGGAUGGAGUCAAGCCGUCGGUUUGCACCAGCAGCUUCUUGUUCCGAUGUGAGCUGAACAGCAGUACCCGAUCCUACACUUUUAAAGUGUCUGACGAAGAUGACUCUGAUCAUAUCUUGGCUCUGAAUAUGAUUUGCCUGUCAGAAGGUGCCAAGGAUGAGUGCAAUAUUGUGGAGUUUGUGGGGCACGACUAUGAGGACCAGGAGAUUGUGGUGCCAGUGGCCAACCUAAAGUUGUCGUGCCAGCCUUCGCUGUGUUUGGAAGAUUUCGAGCUCCAACCCCCGGUGACAUUCCGCCUGCGCUCAGGAUCUGGCCCUGUCCACCUUGCAGGACAACACCAAAUCUUUCACAAAAAGGACCUCUCGGAUGAUGAGUUCAGUGAAGAUGGCGAGGAUUUUAGUGAGGAGGACGAGUCCGUGGAAGAGGAGGAAGGGGAGCUAUCUCCUAUCAAGCCAGCCAAGAAGCAACGCAGGUCUUAGCCUGACAUCUCCCUGAAGGUGCCGCUGAUUUUCUUCUUCCUAAAAUGCAGUGCUACUAGUCUGCAGCUGAACGUCUUGAAAACCUUUCUCAUAUUUUCUAUACUAAGCUGAUGGCUGACACAAGUAACUGUUGCUAUUGACUACGUGGGGGAAUAGCUUGCUGUUUGGCAAAUCUCCGAAGACGCCUCAAACACAUUUCCCCCCUGAGAAAACUGUUGUGCCUGUUGUGCCUUCUGGUCAGAUUUUUUCGGUACUUCGAAAGGCGCCCAAACUUACUGCUGCUGUUGAUGUGUGUUAGGUUGUUUUCUCUGCAGGUGAGGCAAUCAAGAGAGGGGCACAAGUUUUAUGUUCCCUAUGCAUUUUACAUCUUUUUAACGGACAUGUUCCCUAAGGAAUGAGUAAUACCUGUGGAAUGAAAGGUGAUGUCUGUGGUUGGUUGGUUUGUUCACUUCAAAAAGCAAUAAAAACAUUUUAAAAGAAAUGAAUUAUCUGCUGAGCCUCCUACUCUUGAAGCUUGUGUGCCUUAGUUCUUGGUUUUGGAGUGCCCAGACAGAUUUAUGCAGUGAAACCAGAUCUUAUUUUUAAUCAAAUUUUAAAACCAUAUAUGUAUUAGUUCAUAUUGUAUUAGCCAUAUUCUAAAUGCCAUUAUUGUAAAGUGUUUUUAAAAUGAUUGCUUCCAACUGUACUCUGUGCCAGGGAGAAGGAACAGAACCUGUGUUCUGUUCCUGUUUGUUGUUUCAUCUCAUCCUUUAUAGGUCAAGAGCGGUGCGUGAAUUAGUAAUAAGGCAUGGAUUAUAGCUGCAUUUGAGACUUGUGGACAUAAUUGUUUUCACACUUUGCCAUCUCUUCUAACAAGUUUUGCUUUUUUGGAAUAAAUGUUUUUGCAAUA